AUGACAGGCCAGGUGGCCGACAGAGACUUGUCCCCCCAUCGUCUCUCAGUGAAGACCACUGUGGAGGAGGAGCCAGAGAGGGAGAGAGCUGAGAGUACUCUCAGCAGAGUGCCAUCAGAAUGUGAUCAUGAUAAUGAUGACACAUCCUCAGAGCUGGCACGGGUGGCCGCUCUCGAUGGUGGAAACAACUCAAGGAACUCUUUUCAAGGACGGGGAGCUCUGUCUAGAUUAGUGAAUUUGGUGGUGAUUCUGAGGGAGUGGGCACACAGGAGCCUUGUAGAGGAGGAGGAGCGGCCAGACUCUUUCUUGGAACGCUUCCGUGGCCCUGAGCUAAGGACUGCCCCUAGUCGCAUCAGCAAUACGCAGCCUGAUGCCAAUGGCAACAAUACCAAAGGGAGAUUUAGGAGAAAAUGGGGUGUGUUCGUUGUGUCCCCAUCAGACGACAUGUACUACCGUUGGCUGUUUGUUAUUGCUAUAGCUGUGCUCUACAACUGGAUCCUCAUUGUGGCUAGGGCAUGCUUUGACAAGCUGCAGACAAGCAAUUACAUCUGCUGGUUGGUGCUGGACUACCUUUCAGACGCUUUGUACAUCCUGGACACAUGUGUCCGACUCCGCACAGGGUUUCUGGAGCAGGGUCUGCUGGUGAAGGACCUCUCCAAGCUGAGAGACAGCUAUGUCCGCACAUUUCAGUUCAAGCUGGAUGUCGUGUCCAUCCUACCCACUGACCUGGCCUACAUAUCCACAGGAAUCCACACCCCAGAGCUCAGAUUCAAUCGCCUGCUGCGCUUCCCACGCAUGUUUGAGUUCUUUGACCGCACUGAGACACGCACGAACUACCCCAACAUCUUUCGCAUCUGCAACUUGGUGCUCUACAUCCUGGUCAUCAUCCACUGGAACGCCUGCAUCUACUUUGCUAUUUCCAAAUCUCUAGGGUUUGGCUCUGAUACCUGGGUGUACCCCAACAUCUCCAACCCCGAGUAUGGCUCCCUAACCCGGGGCUAUGUCUACUGCCUGUACUGGUCCACCCUCACCCUCACCACUAUUGGAGAGAUGCCUGCACCUGUACGGGAUGAGGAGUAUCUUUUUGUGGUCUUUGACUUCCUCGUUGGGGUGCUGAUCUUUGCCACGAUUGUGGGAAAUGUUGGCUCCAUGAUUUCCAACAUGAAUGCCACACGUGCAGAGUUUCAGGCCCGUAUUGAUGCCAUCAAACACUACAUGCACUUCCGCCGGGUCAGCAAGGAGCUGGAAGCACGCGUCAUUAAGUGGUUUGACUACCUCUGGACUAAUAAGAAAGCAGUGGAUGAGCAGGAGGUAUUGAAGAACUUGCCUAACAAAUUGCGGGCUGAGAUCGCCAUCAAUGUGCACCUGGAGACCCUGAAGAAAGUGCGUAUCUUUCAGGACUGUGAGGCUGGACUGUUGGUGGAGCUGGUCCUGAAACUCCGGCCACAGGUCUAUAGCCCAGGGGACUACAUCUGCCGCAAAGGGGACAUAGGGAAGGAGAUGUACAUCAUCAAAGAGGGGAAGCUGGCAGUGGUGGCAAAUGACGGGGUCACACAGUACGCCCUCCUCACCGCCGGCAGCUGCUUUGGGGAGAUAAGUAUCCUCAACAUCCAGGGCAGCAAAAUGGGAAACCGCAGGACGGCCAAUAUCCGCAGCAUCGGCUAUUCUGACCUCUUCUGCCUCUCUAAGGAUGACCUGAUGGAAGCAGUGACCGAGUACCCUGAUGCUAAGAAGGUGCUGGAGGAGAGGGGGAAGGAGAUCCUUAUGAAGGAGGGCCUCCUGGAUGAGAAUGCAGAGGCUGGCAGACUGGGUGGAGAGGACACUGAGGAGAAGGUGGAGAGGCUGGAGUCCUCUCUGGACACCCUGCAGACGCGCUUCGCCCGCCUGCUCAGCGAGUACACGGCCACACAGCAGCGACUGAAGCGGCGCAUCACCAACCUGGAGCGCCAGCUGUGCCACACGGGCUGUGGGAUCCUCUCAGACGCAGACCUCUCUGACGAAGACUCAGCUUCUGAGGCUGAGGCAGACACUCUGGCCGCUGCCAAUACCGUUGAGCAGGGUGACCAUGGAAAUGAUGAGCCGACUGAAUCCUCUGUUCAAACUUGAAAGCUGCCUGAGACCAUGGCUCUAGGCCUAGCACUUUCUAAGCACUUUCAAAUUCACAAGGGUAUGCACAAAUGUACAAUACAUUUCCUUCCUAAUAAGAAAAUAAGUUUCAUAUUAACUUUAUGACUGUUGCAUUAAGAGUACAGUUCCUUCAGAAACUAUUCACACCUCUUGACCUGUUCCAUAUUUUGUUUUGUUACAGCCUGAACAUUACAUUUA